AUGGCCGACCUGUCAGAAGCUCAAUGAGGAAACGGCUGAGUUUAGCAUAAUCGAUUCUCUUUUUACGCCUUCUGGGGCUCAUAUUUCACUAUCGUGGACAACAUUUGCCAACAGUUACUAAGGUAAUGGAUCGCCAAGUGUGGGAGAGACCCUGGACCUUGGAAGAGAUGCGACAGACCAGCGCCAACUGGUCCCUGGCUGCAGACUCAGGACUCUUCCUGUUCCUGCAAGAUUUCUCUCAGAGGAUGCUGUCAAAGACUCAUGAGAUAGAGAAGCAGCUGGAUGGACUGAUCAGAGACAGCAAGGCCACAGACUGCUGCCUGCACACCGUCUUUAACGACUUCCUCAUGCUCUCCAACACACAAUUCAUUGAAAACAGAGUGUAUGAUGAUGAGGAGGUGGAGGAGCCCGGGCCAAAGCCUGAGGUCUUGGAGAGACCGCCUGAGCAGGUAAAUUCAAUUUCCCCGCGGGAGAAGACUCGUGAGCAGAAGGAAGCCGAGCUGAUUCCAAAGGUCCAGGAAGCAGUGAACUACGGUCUGAGGGUGCUGGACUCUGCCUUUGAGCAGCUAGAUAUCAAGGCAGGAAACUCUGACUCAGAGGACGAGGAGGCCACAGACAGAGUGGAGCCCAUACUGGAACCCAAGGACCUGUAUGUGGACAGGCCUUUACCGUAUCUGAUUGGCUCUCAGCUCUUUAUGGCGCAAGACGACAUAGGACUGGGAGACCUCUCCAGUGAAGAAAUGUCAAUCGACAGCGAUCGAGACAGCGUCAUCGAGAGCGGAGAUGGCAAAGAUGUGGGCCAGUCAGAUGACGACUUUGACCAGGAGGUGGAGGGGCCAGGCAGCAUUAAGAAGAAGUCGUCUAUGUUGAGUGUUGAGGAGGACGAGGAGGGGGAUUCAGACAUAUUUGGAGAAUCGGACAGCGAUGAAGAUGACAGAAAGUCUUUGUGUCACAUUCAGAACACAGGACCAUCAUCCUUUGCUGAUGAGCUGGCCGCCAGAAUCAAAGGGGAACCUAUCAGCAAGCCGGAGGGAGAUCGCACAUCGUUGUCGUCUGCCUCUAAGAAGAACAGUAAAGCAAAGAAGGAGCCCAAGCCUGAGUGGCCACCGGCUGUUGAAGAUGACAGCGAGGAGUUGUUCGGGCUGCACAAGAUGGAGGAUGAGAACUUCUCUCCGUUUGGAGGGAAAGGAAGCCUCUUCAGCGGAGGGAGAGGACUGUUUGAUGAUGAGGAGGGGGAUCUGUUCUCUGUAGCAGAGGAGAAGACCUCAGAACCUGUCAAGCCUGCUACGAAGAUUCCUUCAGGGGCUGUGUCAAUAUUCCCAGAGAACAGCCUGUUUGGCACUCCCAAUGACUCUGACUCAGUGGAGGGUAGAGAAAGAGGUAUCCCAGACAAACCCAACAAGACCCAGACAUCAGCCCCUAGAAAGACCGCAGGAGGAAGAGGAAGAGGAGGAGGAAGAGGAGGAGGAAGAGGAAGAGGAGGAGGAGGAGGGGGGGGGCUGUUCGAUGAGGAGGAUGUCUUCUUCACCGGUAAAAGCCUUAAAAAGUCCAGCUCAGCUGGACAGGAGAAACUCAAGCAGAAGAAGACAGUGGAUCUGUUUGGAGGAGGUGAUGAAGAUGAGGAUGGUGACAUCUUCAGUGAGAGCUACGGCGCUCAGAGCAGGAGGGAGGUGGUGGAGGAGGAAGAAGAAGACGAGGUGAAAAAGAUGCCAGCAGGAGGUGUCUCCAUGUUUGGUCCUGGUACCAAGAGCCUGCUGACUGAGGCACUGAAGAAACAACAGCCCUCCACCAGCCAAGAGUCAGAGGAGAUAUGUCCAACCAUCCCUAAGAGUCAGUCCAAGCCUGAACCCACACCUCAGAGCAAAGCCAGCAAAGCUCCUCUGUCCAUCUUUGAUGACGAGGAGGAAGAGGAUCUGUUUGCGUCUGCAAAGAAGUCUAAACCAAGCCAAGCUGAAGCCGUCACACCACAUGUCAAAAAACAUCUCUCUAUCGCCCUCUUCAGUGAUGACAAGGACCAGUGGAUGAACUCCAAGCCUAGUGCUGGUAAGACAGAGGGUAAGACUGGAGGGAUGAAGUCCAGUGAUAGCGCCCCAUCUAGUCUACCCAGUGUCAUAGCAGCUCCUAAAGACAGCCUGUUCGAUGAGGAUGAUGACGAUCUCUUUGCUACUACCAAGGAGUCGAGUCAGAAGAAGCCACAGAGAGUGUCUCUCCUGUUUGAAGAUGAGACUGAGGAUGAUGAAGAUACGCGAUGCCUCUUCGGCUUCAAACCAGCCGUCAACAACAGCUCUACUCUAGCUGACCCUAAAACUCCUGCUGUGGCCUCCCCAGCCCCCUCGCUGUUCCACACAGACAAACCUGAGGAGGUGACGGCACCUCCUUCUCCCCCAGUGGAUAAGAGGCGUGCAGAGAAGGAGAGGGUUGCGAAGGAGGGUCCUGAGGUACAGCCCCUGUCCUCUCCACUAGAGGGCAGUGAGAGUAAGAAGAAGCCAUUAGGGGCCAUCAGUCUGUUUGGAGGGAUCAACGUGCUGGGAGCAGCCAAGCAGACUAAGAGCCCAUUGGACGAGACGGAUGGUGAUGACUUCCUGUCUAAGGAGGGCUCGCCCCCCAUGGAGAAGGAGGCCAAAACGAAGAACACUGUCAGUCUGUUUGAUGACGAGGAGGGUGCUGACUGGACUGCCCCUGUCUCCAUACCUAGCAAACCAACUGCCAAAAACACACUCAAGCCUGCAGAGGAGCGUCCUCGUACCAAGAGCAGCACCGGGGUGUUCCAGGAUGAGGAACUGCUGUUCAGUCACACUCAGCAGAGAGACAACGACCCCGACGUUGACAUCUUCGCCACGCCUGACAAGUCUGUGAGCUCCAGGCCCAGUAAUGAUAAUUGCUCAGUGAAGUCCGGGCCCAGCUCAAUAAGGUCGGCAGCACCAACACUUUUUAGUGAUGAAGAUGAAGAUUACCUCUUCAGCUCUGUCAAGCCCAAAGCUCUUCGGCCGAAAGUAUCGGAGAAGCCCAGUAAACACAGUAAAGACGAGCCAUCCCCAAAACCUUCUGUGACCGCACCAGUCACAGGGAGUGAGACCGACCUGGUGAUCAACCCUGCUGCCAACCUGCCCGGCGCGGUCCUACCAGGGAUGAGCCCCAGCCCCAGCCUCACCUCCUCAGGCCUCAGCCCCAGUCUGCCAGGGACCCAGUCCCCUAGCGACGGAGGGGUUAGCUUCGACCACCCAGUCCAGGUGUCCGUGCUACAGAGUGCCAACAAGGGCCGAGCUAAAGGCUCCAGCCACCGCAGGCCCCAGACCAGGGCAGCACGGCAGACGGCAGCUCAGAGCUCUGUGGACCAGAGAGACCAGAACCAGGGAGAGGACCGGGCCGGACCCAGCCCAACCCUACCUAACCCAACCCAGCCUAGCCUGGCACUAUCUAACCUAACCCUGCCCAGGCCUAGUCUACCCAACCAAGCCCCAACCACUGCCUUACCCUCCUCCUUACCUGCCUCCCAACCCACGCUCACCGAUGUCUCUGUCAGACCGUCAGUGCUAACACUAGCAGUGUCCAACACCCCUCUAAAAAGAGAGACUUCUAAGGGUAGCAAGGUGAAGGUGCUGCCUUCUCCCGACGAGGCUGACCUGUUUGGCUCUGACAGCCUCUUCGGGUCUGUCCCUGCCCUAGCCCCAGCCCCCAAUAAUACCACCCACUCACCCAAACUCACCACAAAGACUACAGAGGGCGAGUUGACUCCGAAGAAGGAGAAAGAAGCGACCCCUCCGUCCCUCUUUGACGACCCCAUGGGUGACCUUUUCCAGAAGGUGAAGCCGAGGUCAGCUAAGAAGGCAAAGGCCUCUUCCUUCCUGGAGGAUGAAGAGGAUAUAUUUGUGCUGGGAAAGAGCUCCACUCCCACUACUAACAUUACUGCUGGGGGGAAAGUCACUAAGGCAGGGGGCAACUCUACUCCCAAACAGGACCUCUUCCAGGAUGAAGCGGAGACUCCACCCAAAGCCCACAAAGAGAAAUCCCUGGAUGCCAGCCUGUUUGACGACAACGUUGACAUCUUUGCUGAUUUGACAGCCACUUCAAAACUGAAAGAGAAGAAGUCCAAGAAGGCGGAGACUAAAUCAAUAUUUCAUGAUGAUAUGGAUGAUGUCUUCUCUCCCAGCACUGUGAAGCCAAUGGCCAAGCAGCCUCCAUCCAAGUCCAAGAAGAGCCCUCCCUCCCAGGACACCAGUGCAGCGGACGACUCAGGCAACAUCUUCGACGACCCUCUCAAUGCUCUGGGCGGGAACUGAACCGUGGACCGUUCCUGAGGAGCUAAAAGUUUGAGUCCCAAAUGACACCCUAUUCCCUAGAUAGUUCAUUACUUUUGACCAGGGCCCAUAGGGCUUUGCAUCC